GGCCCGCGAGAUCACGCAACACCCGGAGAUCUUGCGCGUCACGGACUACUUGCUGCCCUCGCCCAGCAGUCGGCACGACGCGGCCCUCCGCCAGUUCAUAGGCGUGGAGGAGCUGGCGAGGGCCGGCGGCGACGCCAGCAUGAGCGAGGAGCCGAAGAGGGGCGCCAGCGGCGGCCAGGAGCCCAGAAGUUCGACGUCGUGUGUGCCGGGCCGGCGUUUCCUAGUUUGCCGGGGCCUCUGGAGGCCUCGAGGGAGAGACCUCCGUAGGAGGCUGAGCAGCCCCGGGAGGAGCUCCCGGGGACCCCUGGUGAACCUGCAGGGGCUCUGCGAAAGAUCCGGCCCCCAGGGAAUGGGGAAGGGGGUGGGAGUUCUUGGGGCUGUGCAGACCACGGCAUCGGAGAUCUGGGAGGAUCGGGG